AUGUGGACGCCUGGGCACCAGCACUUGAUCCACCGCAGACCACUGGCCAACAGGCCUCCGGUGUGUCACAGCAGCCUUACAGACGGGAGCACGGUGACGCGGUGGUCCCAGAGGACUUCCUGGAGGCGAGGACUGCCACGGAGGCCUGGAGGACAAUACGUGCUGUAACAGUGAGAUGUGGAUGUGAAUGUAUGUGACAAGUAGGACAUCACUCUCCUGUACUACGCCUGCCUGUAUGGACAUGAGGAGCUGGUACUCUACCUUCUGGCCAAUGUCAGCAAUGAUACCAUCCACCAGGCCCUGCAUAAUUAUAAGCAAGUGACAGCCUCCUGCAGGAGGUGGGACUACUAUGACUACUUCCUGCAGGCUCUCCUACAGGAUGGGAUUGGGGACUGGAGUGGUGAGAAUGAAGAGGUGCUCUUUGUGGUGCACAGGAAGCCCUCCUGGGCCCAUCACUGCAUCAUGGGUGCAUGCAGUGCCUACUUCACCAGCAUUCUGGUGAACCACACCACAUGGAAGGGCAAGAGCAUCAUGGUCCUCAGGCAUCCACUGAUCAACUCUGUGGCCUUUGGGUCCCUGUACAUAGGUGACUCCCCACCACCAGGCCAGGGUUGGGUGGACAGUGAGGGGGCUGUGUUUCUGUCCAGGAGCAGACCCAGCUGUGGCCUUGGGCUGACCUUUCACUGCCUGGUGCUUUGUCCCCUGCAGUGUGAGGCAGUUCCAGUUGCCUUCUGGGUUGGGUUGGCAGACAAUGAGCUGGUAUAUCUGCUGAGGAAAGCUUGUGUCAUAAACUGCCCUGAGCCUUCCACACUGCUCCCGGGCCACCCAGAUGUCAGUGUGGAACACAAUGACUGUGAGUGCUUAGCCCAGCAGUGCCAGCUUUGCAUCAAUGACCUGGAGAUCAAGUGCAGGGAUGUGUCUGAGUUUGGUGUGUCCACACUUUGGAGUCCAGGGCUUUGGCUGCCCUUCCCUUUUCCCGAUGUCUUUAAAAUCUGUCCUAAUGUUUGCUUCUGAGUAGAGAGCUGCAGCUUUCUCUGUCAUAAACCUUCUUCUCUGGCUUCAGUGACUGAUUUCUGGGUCCUUCUGAAUGACCACUUCUGAGAGAAUGAGGGGCUGGAGGCCAUUGGUAACCUUCCGGCCAUCGCCCUAAUCUGGCCCUGCAUCUUUACCCAUGUGCUCCAUUACUACAUAUACAGCAACCACACCAAGGUGCAGGCUGGGGUGGCCUAUGAUGUGCUGAGCAUGGCCAAUGUAUAGUUGUUGGAGGGUCUGAAACGCUGUGGCUGUAGUCUGGCCCAGCUGCUGGAUGAAGACAACAUGGUUGGUGUGUGCGGUGUGUGGCCUGUGGCCAAGCUGUUCUGCCUGGUGGGGGCUGAGGACCAGUGAACUGAGUACAUUGCCAAGGUUAUCAAGAAGCUGGUAAAGUGGGAGGACUUCUCAGAGGCUGUGAGGGAGGAGAUAGUGGCUCUAGUGGCUGGCAGAAGCCAGACUCUAUCCCUGCUAGAUGACAUCCGCUUCCACAUGACCAGCAUGGUGCAGAUCCACAGCAAGAUCAAGGUGAUGCAGCAGGGGCUGCAUGUAGUUGAUCAGCUGAUGUCUAUUGGUCUGAACUGCUGA